GGAAAUGCAGUGUAGCUCGUCUUUGGGUGUUUCGUUUUCGCCAUUUUCUCGAAUUUAUACUUAAAAAUUGGUGUUUUUCUAAUAAAAAGUUGCGUGUUCUAAAUGCGGACAACACGGUACUUUUGCCUAUCGAAAAAGGUGCACGUUGCAGUAGUUUUUAGCAGAUAUGAAAUGGCAUCGGCAGACUGAACCUGACGGUUUUCAUAGUUGAGGCUUGAAGAAGACGGAAACAUGCCAUUUCCAAAACGACUCAUAGAACCUAUUUACGUCACCAGGGGUACUUUACCCGAAGAGCUGCGACUUCCUUCUGAAUUGGAAGGAGUAACCAAUGGAACGUUGGCCAACACCGUUAGACAACUGUCUUCAUUAUCUAGACAUGCGGAAGAUUUAUUUGGCGAAUUGGCUAGAGAUGCCCAACAACUCUACGAGCGAUCCAACUCUUUGCAGGCCCGCAUCGACCGCUUGGCCGUCAAAGUGACCCAGCUGGACAGCACCGUGGAGGAAGUCAGUUUGCAAGACAUUCACAUGCGGAAGGCGUUCAAGAGCGCCACCGUGUUCGAUCAACAGGUGUUUUCGAGAGGUACAAUGCCUACCGCCAUGCUGGAAACGUACAGUUCCUGCGAUAGGCCCCCACCUUUGGACAAACUGAACUGUUAUCGGGACGACGGCAAAGAUGGUCUGAAAUUCUACACAGAUCCAAACUAUUUCUUCGAGCUGUGGCGUGCCGAAAUGCUGAACGACACGGAACGCGUCAUGCACGAUAAGGGCAAAAACAGGGGUCAUAGAGGAGGAAGGAGUUCUGCCGAUGGUGCCCAAGGAGGACCUAGGCAUAAAAAGCGAGUCAGGGCACCCCAGAAUACUAGAGAAAGGCAAAAACAAAUUGCUAGAGAACAUGGAGAAUAUAUUAUGCCUCAACAGAAUACAAUUUAUAGGACUCCUCAUCAAAUACCACAGCAAUAUCAAGAAGUUGAUGGUUAUAUUCCAAACCAAGAUCAAAGACCUCCAAGACCCAAUUCAAUAGAGAUUAGGAGAUCGUAUCAAAGAGACGUUGAACACAUAGACGGUUUACAUUCGCCUACCCUGUAUCAAAUAUAUGGACAGGGACCUUUAAGCUCUGAAUCGUUAUACGCCGGAGGCACCCCCACAAGAAGCAAAUCGCGGCCUAGUCAACCCCCUCCAGCGCCCCCAUCGAAUCAAGGUACGCCGACUUCAGGUACUCCAACUCGAGGUAGGAUCCCGUCUUCAGGUCGGGAUCAGUUACCGCCGCCACCUCCUCCACCAGAGCCUACUUCGCCACCGCCUAAUGGGCUACCACCCCACAUGUUACAACAUCGAAUGUCAGAAAGCCCGCACCGAUCAUCUACCCCCGAACUUCCGCUUAGUCCGCCACCGAUCAACCACAACCAGGACCUUCCGCCGCCUCCGCCGGCGCCCACCCAGCAAACGCUCAUCCAGACUAAACAGGCCUCGCCCCCCAAGCAACUCGCCGGCGGCCUCAACAGUUCUCAGGUCAACCAGUCGGCGGGCGUGGCCAGUCCGCCAGCCGCGCCCGCGGCUCCACCUCCUCCGCCGCCGCCGCCAAUGCCGACGACUAACAUCCACGCCCCGCCCGCCGGGCCAAUGGUUAACGGGGAUUUGAUAAGGGCGUUGGCAAGUCCGCCCAAGCUGACGCCGGUCAAGGACAGGGUGUUGGGCAAGCUGGGACCGCCUCUAGCCGAUCCAAGGAACGAUUUGUUGAAGGCGAUCCGAGACGGAAUAAAACUUCGUAAAGUGGAGAAAAACGAACAGCGACAGGAAGUGGACAGGGGCGUGAACGGUCUGCAUGACGUGGCCAGUAUCCUGGCCAGGAGGGUCGCUGUGGAAUUCAGCGAUUCGGAUUCAGGAAGCGACAGCGAGUGUGACUCUGAGGGCUGGGGCGAAAACGAGUCGUCCGUGUGACAUAGGAGGAAGCCCAGCGAAGUUAGCCAGCAAGUGUAUUGAAGUCUGCAACAGUGUUUUUGAUUGGGUAUAAACUCGUAAGUUGGAAUUCAGUUGAGGUUAGGUUGGUUGUUUCCAAACAAAUUCUUGAAAAUUCCGGACAUAUUGACAAGAUUUGAAGUUUCAUUUGAAUAGAAAAAUUAUAUGUCAAACUUUUUGAUUUAGCACUAUUACUCCACUAUCUAUUAGAUACAAAAACAAAUGGGUAUCUAACAAACAUAACUCACCGAAACUUCGAACUUGUGUAAACAACUACUAAAUUUGACAUAACAAUCUUCUUACAAGUGUUAAGAAAUCAAGACAGAUCAUACCACAGAGGUAUUAAUUUAGUUGCCAACCAAAACGCGUAAAAAGUAUGACGAGCUAAAACGUAACGAUAAUUAAAAAUAUGUAUAAUAUUGUACAGACAGCUUAAAUUUAAUGUAUUUAUUACAUAAUGUAAGAUAAAUAUAUACAGACUCGAUUUUAGUGAAAUAUAAAGAUUAAAAUUACAUUUUGAAUAGUUAUGAUUCAAUAUAACAAAGAUAUUUGUAAUUUUCAUAACAUUAAAUCAGUUAUACUACUAGACAGUAUCUAAAAAAAUAAAUAUUUUGUAACAAUACAGACUAAACAAUUAUUAAUUACAGGAGCAAAUCCUUUUGAAUUAUUUAUUGCUUUAAUGAGUUUUAAUUUACUCUGAUCUUUCAUUAUAUUCUUGUUUUUUUUAACUAUGAGGCAUCAUAUACAAUUUGUUUUCAAACAGAACUUUUUGAAUUUUCUAUGUUAAGCAGAACAAACACUGUUAAAAGUCUGUAAACAACCAUCGUACAACGUUACGUCAUUAUUAUUUAAUAAUAUCCGUUUUAGGGCGUGUCUCAGAUCAGUUUAUAUAGUUUAGAAAUUUUAAAGUACGUUCCGUAAUGAGGAAAAUGCAUGUUUUUAAAUAAUGGUUUUAAAAAAUAGUUCAUAUAAUUACAAAUUGAACAAAAAAAAAUCGUUGAUAUCGGUUAAGAAAUGCAUC